AGUCGUUCGUUAAUGGCGUGUUGUUGUGGGUCGAAGGAACGAUCAAGCUAUUAAAAAAUUGAAACAGAAAUGAGCGUAACGCAAAUUUUACCCGUUUACCAUCGUAUCGUGAACGGAGUGCCGGUGCCCUUUUCACGCAGGUCAUUCAGGGCAAAAGAAAAAUAUGUGAUAUUCUUGGUUUUCAUUACUUUUGGACUUGUGUGUUUCGGUACGUUCUUUUUCUUGCCUGAGUUUCGGGGAUCAAAUGGCCCGGCGGAAAGUAUGUAUAAAGUUUAUGAUCAGAUAAAAAGAGCAGGACCGGAGCUGUUGAUACCUCCGCCGCCACAUUUAGAGGACAGCAGGGAAUCUCAGAAAUUGGUGAGGCACGAGGCCGAUGCUCAACUGGACCCCCACAUCAUAGGAGACAGGCAAAAGUUAAAGGCCAAAAUCGAUCAAGAUACCGAACUAAAAGUGCUUGAAAGACCCGAUUUCGGGCGACCAAAGACAUCUUCAACUGCCAGCAGAGCAAAUGUGGCAAACCAGGUAGAUGAGAACGUGGGAGCCGAAGAUAUGGGUAUCCCUCUGGAAGCUGGGGUUGUCACCGUACCCCCCGCAGCCAGUGACCACUAUCCCAUGAUACAUGGGGGCGAAGAUCGCACAUUACAGGCCAGAGAACGCAGGGAAAAAAUAAAAGAGAUGACUAAACACGCUUGGGACAACUACGUGAGAUACGCUUGGGGAAAAAACGAGCUACGACCUAUUUCGAAAAGAGGACAUACUGGAAGUAUUUUUGGUUCGAUGCCGAUGGCAGCUACCAUCCUUGAUGGACUCGACACCCUGUAUAUUAUGGGCAUGAUGGAGGAAUUCAAGCAGGCCAAAGAUUGGCUUGUUAACGAAUUUGACAUGAAUAACAUGUCCAACGACGUUUCCGUGUUCGAAGUCAACAUCCGUUUUGUCGGAGGUCUUUUGGCUUGCUACGCAAUGACCGGUGACGUCAUGUUUAGAGAUAAAGCACAGAUGAUAGCCGAGAAGUUAUUGCCGGCAUUCGAAACGCCAACAGGAAUUCCAAAUGCUCUGGUCAACUUCAAAACAGGAAAUAGCAAAAAUUACGGUUGGGCCAGCGGAGCAUCCAGUAUAUUAUCUGAAUUUGGUACUCUACACUUAGAGUUCGCGUACUUAAGUGAUGUCACAGGUAAACCUGUAUACAAGAACAAGGUCGAUCAUAUCAGGCAGUUCGUUGAAAGUUUGGAAAAACCAAAUGGGCUAUAUCCAAAUUAUCUUAAUCCCAAAACUGGAAAAUGGGGACAACAUCAUAUGUCCAUGGGAGCCCUUGGCGACAGUUUCUACGAAUACUUGCUAAAAGCCUGGCUUCAAACCAACAAAGAAGAUAACGAAGUACGUCAAAUGUUCGACGAUGCCAUGCAAGCUGUAAUGAGGCAUAUGCUUCAAACUUCCCAAAAUGGAAUGAUGUACUUUGCCGAAUUGAAAUUCGAUAGACCUGAACAUAAAAUGGAUCAUUUAGGAUGCUUCUCAGGUGGCCUUUUCGCUUUGGCAUCCCAUACCCUUAAAAACUCGAUGUCAGAAAGGUACAUGGACAUCGCCAAAAAUCUAACACAUACUUGCCACGAGUCGUACGACCGUUCUGCCACAAAACUGGGACCAGAAGCGUUCAGAUUUACCGAGGGAUCUGAGGCGAGAGCUCUGAAAAAUUCCGAAAAAUAUUACAUACUCAGACCGGAGGUUAUCGAAUCCUAUUUCUAUUUGUACAGACUGACUAAGGACCAGAAGUACAGGGACUGGGGAUGGGAGGCAGUUCAGGCUUUGGAAAAGCACUGUAGAGUUCCGGGAGGUUACACAGGGUUAAAAAAUGUUUAUUCAGAAGAUCCUCAGCAAGAUGAUGUCCAACAAAGUUUCUUUAUUGCUGAAGUUCUAAAGUAUCUGUAUCUUCUCUACUCUGAUGAAGAACUCUUCGCCUUGGACAAAUGGGUGUUCAACACUGAGGGUCACCCGUUGCCGAUUAAGGGGGUGAAUCCUUAUUACAGGGAAGCUUCCCCAUAACUCCGGUCCUUGAAAAUUAAUUUUUUCCUCGAUUCUUAAAAAGACGAAGUAUUUAUUUAAUAUAUCGAUAGGCGUGAUUUUGCGAAGCGAAUAUUAAAAUUAGUGCGAGUGUGUUUUUGUGUGGUAAGCUGUGAUGAUAAAAACAUAAUUUUGUGUUAAAGUGAAUUGUAAAUAUUAGCGUGUAAAGAGUAAUUAAUUUUUAUUACUUAUUGUUGCUUAUUUUACGCUGUAUAAGUCCUAUGGACUAUUCUAAUGGCUUCUUUUAAUAACAAUUAAGUACUACAAAAUUAUCUGAUGUUGUAAUUUUUACAGAAACUAUAAAAAGGUAUUCAAAAAAUUACCAAGUAGUUUUGUGACGAUUAUGGUCAAUUAUAUCAAAAAUUAAUCAAAACAAAAUUUCCAUAAGCC